AUGCCCAUUAAAAAAAAAGGCACAAGAGGUAAGUCAUCAAAGGAUCAAGGAGAACUAAACAGGGGAUCGUUGCAACGACGACAUAACCUGGGCUUCUUCCGACGCAGCAUCCAGAAGCAGAUCGAGUACCGCUGCCUGAGGGACGGAAAGUGCCUCGUCAUCAGGCUCAACAGGAACAGGUGCCAGUACUGCCGGUUCAAGAAAUGCCUCGCCGUCGGCAUGUCAAGGGACUCGGUGCGGUACGGUCGCGUGCCCAAGCGGUCGAGGGAGCGCUGCGGGGAGGAGCCGGGCCGUGUGUCCACCACGGAGCCCGACCCGCCCCCCGACACGGAUGCCAAGCAGCUGGUGCUGGCCGUGUCGCAGGCGUUCCUCGCCCACUGCGGCUACACGGAGGAGCGCACGCGCGGCCUGGUGCGCAAGCCCAUCGCCCAGCCGAGCUGCUCGGGCGCGGGGAGCCCCGAUGAUCCCGAGGUCGCCAGCUCGACAGCCGAGUCCCUGGAGCAGCAGAGGGUGUGGCUGUGGCAGCAGUUCGCCACACACGUCACCCCCAGCGUGCAGAGGGUGGUGGAGUUUGCCAAAAGAGUACCAGGUUUCUGCGAGCUGAGCCAGGACGACCAGCUGAUCCUCAUCAAGGUGGGGUUCUUCGAGAUAUGGCUGGGCCACGUGGCGCGCCUCAGCAGCGACUCCUCCCUCACCUUCGCCGACGGCACCUACGUCACCCGCCAGCAGAUGGACGUCAUCUACGACACAGAGUUCGUUUCUUCGCUGUUCCAUUUUGUGUCGACAUUCAGCGCGCUCGCGCUGAGCGACACGGAACUGGGGCUCUUCUCGGCGGUCGUGCUGCUCACUGCCGACAGGCCGGGUGUCACCGACCUCAAGACCAUCGAGCACCACCAGGACCGGCUGAUCGAAGCCCUCAGAGUCCAGGUGGGUCGGACGCACGCGGGCGACCCACAGGCGCUGGCCGGUCUGCUGGUCAAGCUGCCCGAACUGCGGGGCCUGGGCGCCAAGCACUCGGCCCACCUCGACUGGUUCCGGCUCAACUGGGCCAAGCUCAGGCUGCCGCCGCUCUUCGCAGAGAUCUUCGACAUUCCCAAGUGCGAAGAGGAUCUGCAGUGAAAGAAGGGUCCCCUCUCGACCGGCCGUGUCACUGCAGCUUAUGCGCCACGCGAGACGGCGUGGGCUGGCGCUCUCCCUCCUUCUCUUUGCUCAAUGGUUAGUGCUGCGGGUCGUCGCAAUACACCUCCUAGACACAAUCUAUUUUUAUUGUUAAGUAUGUCUCUAGGCCUAGAAAUAAGUUUUCACUCUUGUCUUUGAUCGUUACGAAAUGCUCAUCUCUGCACGAGGCAGCUCGACGGCCUUGUCGCGUCCUUACGUUUGUCGCUUGUGAGGAAACCAACACUUUGGUCGGAACUUUCAGGUGUCGUCGGACAACUCGCAAGCUCACGUACUUCAAAACAUAUCAAUAUUAUAAUACUGUAAACAUUAAUUAAGGUAGAAAAGCCACAGCUGACAAAUCUUAAGAUGAUAAUACUCCUGUCAUGAUGUAUAUUUGAUGUUGUGUAUUUGUACAUAUUUAUUAAUAGUGCUCAGAUGUCCCAAAUACUACUCAUUAACUAAGUACAUAUUCUUCAGGAAUGUGGGUGGGGUGGGUGAAUGUAUUAAAUUUUUUUAUUGUUUCUUCUUCGUGGUCUAAUUUUUCUCAUCAGAAUAUGAAACAGGGAGUGGGGAUGUGAAGCUGCUUAGUUUUUGGUUAUCUUUACAAAAGACAUUACUAUCACAUCAUGUGUUCAAAUCAAGACAGAAGCUGUUGAAAUAAUAAAAGGUGGUGAUUUGAUGAAGAACGAAACAAUCUGCUACUUUCUCAUUCUAGUUCUACAUAUGUAUGUAUUGCUGUCCUGGUUAUCAACAAAGUACAAAAUAUUUUAUUACUACCAGAUUAUAUCUGGAGUUUUUGUGUGUAUGUAAAGCUACAACAAAUUUUAAUCAAAUUUGCUAACAGUAUCUGUUGUCCUCCAUGACUAGAUUAAUUUUUCCUGAUCUCAUUUUGUAUUUUAUAUAAUUUAGACUUCUUCAGAAGAAACUACAUGAAAAUUCCUGUACAGAGGCAUUCAAGAUGACAUACAAAACUCAACACUUUGUAAUGGUUUAAAAUAAUUUUCAGUUGUAGUUACACUGAUAGUAAGAUAGUUAACAGAAAACCAAAUGUUAAUUGGCAUUUAUGUUUAUAUGUAACGCUACAAAAAUUUGUAAUCAAAUUUCCUAUCAGUAUCUGUUAUCUUCCGUAACUAGAAUAUUUUUCAUGAUCUCAUUUUAUAUUUCAAAUAAUUUAGCUUUCUUCAGAAGAAACUAAAUGGAAAUUCCUGUAAAGUGGCAUUCAAAAUGACACACAAAACUUAACA